UAUGGCAGGAGGAUUAGAAAGAGUAUAUGGAACUGAAGAAGACAAGGUUAUAAAAUAUAUCUUAAGAUGUAGGUUAAUUGUUCGUUCUAUAUCAAAAUUGGUGCUUGUCGUUAUGAGAAUAAAUGCUAAAGAAUCCAUAGCAUACCUCCCAUCUCUUAAACAAUAUUAUUUAAAGUAACAUCUUAUAUAUAUUAUAUAUAUAGCAUAUGUAUUAAAAUUCUCCUAUGGAAGUAGCUAUUGCUUCGGGUAAUGCAGUGUCUCAGGCAGGUAUAGAGGAAGCAUUAGAAAAAUUCGAAAACUUUUAUGAAGAUGUAUUUUUAAAGGUAUGGAUCAUGUUUAUUAAUGUAUAACAGUUGGCUGAAUUUGGAGAGAUAGAAGAUCUAAUUGUAUGUGAAAAUAUUGGUGAUCAUUUAGUUGGAAAUGUUUAUGUGAAAUAUACAUCAGAAUAUUAUGCAGAGGGUUGUUUUAAUGCUUUGCAAAAUCUAUCUUAUGAAAAUAGACCAUUAUAAAUGGAAUAUUCACCUGUUUUAGAUUUUAGUAGUGCUAAAUGCAAAUAAUACAUUGAUGGAACAUGUUAAAGGUAUAAAAUUACAUAUUUAUUUAGAGGUGGAGCUUGUAAUUACUUACAUCUUAAGAAGAUCUCUACAAAAUUUAAGAAAAGUUUAUUCAAUUAAAUGUAUGAAGAACAUCCUGAUUUUAGAGAAAAAAAAGAAAAAGAAAAUAUUGAGUAUUAAUUAUUUAGAUUAUUAUUUAUUUAGAAAAAGCCCUAAAAAACAUAAAAAGAAAGAAAAGAAAUCAAAAAAGAAAAAGAGUAGUAGUAGUAGAGAAUCUAGUAGAAGAAAUUCAAUUGAAAGAUAAAAAAUGAUUAAUGAUUGGAAUGAAACUGGAAUUUAAAAUGUAAUUUAUACUUAAUAAACAUUAUUAAUUAGGUUUCAUAAGCAUAAAAAAUGAUGUAUGGAAAUAAUAUGCCUGCUCCUGUUUAUACUCCAAAAGUAUCAAUGCGAACAAGUCCUGAAUUAUUACAAUUAUAACUAUAAUUAGCUGCAUUAAAAGAAUAAUUAGCUGCUAUUAAAAUGAGUUGAAC